UUUGUGUGGUAAAUGGUAUUUUGAGUUUUAAUUGUCUUUACUGUACUGUGGUUUGUUGUAUUGUAAUUAUAUUGUGCUUUGUGGCCUACAGUUACUAAAACUGUUUUGCUAGUGUUUUUCUUUUGUUCCUUUUGUUUGUUAGUACAAGACAAAAGAGCUGUUGGAGGCAGGCAACUUUGCAAGACUGAAUAAAGUGACUGUUUUGAGUUGUCACCAUGGUGCUUGAUUUGGAAUAAUGUAUGAAAUACCCUGACACCCAUUAAGUCCGCACUAGUGACAAAUAUCUCAUCCUGAUGCUAAAGGAAGUGGCCGUACCAACGUUUCUAGUUCUUCUAUAUUGAACUUGGAAAAAUGUGUUUUUAUUGUAUGAAGCCUGGACGCAUUGUAGCUGAGUGUCCCAUUUUAGGUAAAAACCAGGAAGCCACACCCAUGGCUCCAAAUGGUUCUGUACAGGCCAAAUAACCAAAUCAGACACUAUGCUCUGAGAGUUUUUGCUUGGGUUUUGAACAAUUUAUCCUAGAUGGACUUGGAGCUGUAAUUUUAAAUCUGUGUAAAUCAGACGUGCACUGUGGUCACGCCAGCAUCUAAUCCAUCCAAGUUAUGUGGUUUAUUAAAAUAAUCAAAUUACAGCAUUUACAUUUAUGUUAGACUACUUUUAAUUAACUGCUUUAGCUGUAACUUUAAAUCUGUGUAAAGCAUCUCCUCUCUUGUCUCUUAUCUUUAAGCUGAUGUUUGAUCUUAGUGUUUCAUGCUCUUUACAGCUCUACAGGUGAUUGGUGGAAGAGUGACAGCGGUUCAAGGAGGUACGGCCAUCUUACCGUGUCAUGUCACUGAUACCAAUGAUGACCUGACACAGAUUACCUGGCAAAGGAAGACUAGAAAAAACCCUCAUAAUGACAAUUUUAUUACUAUCCAACCCAGAAAUGGACUACAGUUUGUCAAUGGACGUGAUGAUCGAUUUAAAUAUGUCGGGAAUUUUAACAACAAAAAUGGAACUCUCCAGUUAUCCAAUGUUGCCCUGAAGGAUGAAGGCAGCUACACAUGCAUCUUCACCCUGUUUCCAAGUGGAAAUCAGAAGAUUGAGAUUCCUCUAAACCUGCUUGUGCCUCCUUUCACAAGCGUCAAGGACAAUCUUCCCACUUUGGGCACAGAAGAGGUUUUAUUUGCUACCUGCACGGCUGCUGGAUCGAAGCCUCCUGCAGAGGUGAGGUGGCUCACUGGUGCUUUGGGAGACAAAGUGAGGACAACAACAAACUCCACCCAGUAUGACAACGGUACGACUACCACAGUCAGCUCUCUGUUUGGUGUUCCUACGAGAGAGAUUAAUGGUCACCAGAUCCAGUGUGUCAUCAGUGGUGACUCCCUGUCUGCUGAAGAAACCCUGGCCUUCACCAUACAGGUCUACUUUUCUCCUACAGAAGUGAAAAUUUCAGCAAUUUCAGAGGAUUCGUUUGAGUGUGUGACAGAAGCUAACCCAAAUGCAAAAUUCACCUGGAUCAGAUCUGGCCAGUCUUUGCUGGAGUCUGCUGUCAAAGUAGACGGUGCAAACCUACAACUGCUCAGCCUGACGUCUGAUCUAAAUGGACUCUAUCAGUGUGAAGCAUCUAACGCAUAUGGAAGUAAACACGGUCAGCUCUAUGUGCAUGUGACAUCAGGAACAAGCCGUGUUGCCUGGGCAUUAUUUCUUGUUUUGCUUUCCCUGAAUGUUGGGGCUGCAGCAUGGUACUUUUAUAAAUCUGGACGUUUUAAAAGCUGUGGGAGCAAAUAAGGGACAACAUCUGGACCGAUGCCUCCACCAACGUGUCAUUCCACAGUCAACUGGUAAACAUACAGAUGAAUAGAUGGAGGUAUUUGGUAACAUUUCCUACCCGCGAAUCCCUUUUAUUUUGUGAUUCAGGUUUAUAAAUGUUUUUGUCUUACUUUAAAAUUGCAGUAAUUGCAUAAAUACACGCAAAACAUUGGUAACUGACUCCCACUCUCCUUGCAUGUCACUCCCACUGCCACAGCAUUUUGGAUGUGGCUUUUACUGCCUGUUCCUGUUGUCAUGAACAACUUAAGCAGUAUUUGGGAUCCAUACUGUUUCCACCAACAGUUUGAAGUGCUUUCAUCUGCAGUUGGCUGUUGAUAGCAGUUAUAUUAAUGUGGUUACAGCUGUUUUUGUUUUUCCCCAUCUGCUUAUUAUUACUACCCUUCAUGAAGGGUAACAAUGUUAAUUGUAUAUUUUUAGGUUUAAAAUGUACAGUACCAGCACAAGUUUAGACACACAGCCUGUUCAUCAGCAGUACACCACGAAAGCCCACGCAGACAUUGGGUUCAAAACAGCUCGCAGACAGUACAAACACUCACACCAGACAACACCUUGAAUGCAGUAAUCUGUCUGUCUGUUGUAUAAUUACUACUGAGCAACCAAAGCUGAGGGUGCAAACACUUGCUCUGUAAUUUCAACCAGUAUCAUUAGUAUAUAAUUUUAUAACUAUGCAGCCCUGCCUUUGUCCUUUUUAUUUAAAAAAAAAAAAGGAAUCUCAAUCACUCAUCAGGGACUUUUUUAUACAGAUAAAAGAUCCUCCAUUUUGCCAGAUUUAUUAUUUUAGGUUUUUUUUUUUGUUUUUUUGUUUUUUAAUUAAAUGGUAAAUGGCUUGUAUUUGUAUAGCGCUUUACUUAAUGCCUAAGGACCCCAAAGUGCUUUACACUACAUUCAGUCAUUCACACAUUCACACACUGGUGAUGGCAAGCUACAUUGUAGCCACAGCUGCUCUGGGGCACACUGAAUUAAAAUCAAAGGUCUUAUCCUGCUUAAAUUUUUUCAUUUAACCAUCUAUAAGAAACAUUAAGUCUGAACAUUUUCCGGGAGAGUCUCCUUUUCCUGACAUUAGAAAGGAAAGGUUUUGUUUCCCUUAUUUCAUGUUGUUUUCACAGACCUGUUGAUUUCCUAGUGGAACUUUUGCACAUCUGUUUUAGGUACGAACUUUUACUGCAGUGAAUGAUAGAGAUACCAAAUUUUUUUUCUGAGGAGCAUGACUUUUGACCAGUAUCUGACCAAUCAAGUCAUUGUUGCUAAAUCAGUGUUUAGAUUUUGUCUUAGAAGUAAAUAAGUAUUUAGAAGUAAGUAUUUUUGUACCUCCAUAUUUUUUACUAAAACAUAUUUAGCUAUCUUAAUCCUUCUUAGCAUUCGAUGCACUUGUAUAUGUAUUUUAACUGUACACCUUGAGCUAUUUUUCUCUUGUUACUGAAGUGUAGACAGCAUUGUUUUUGUUUUUACACUAAUGGUUAUUUGUUACAUUUGACCUUUCCACAACCUUAGCCAUCACAGCUAUAUGCAAAGCCUUAACCUAUCCUGAAGCCUGAAUUUAGCAUGCAACAAAACAGCCAAGGCACAUUUGGCUCUUUAAAACCUGUCAAAAAAGUGAAACCCAGUAAAAAUCUCUUCCCUUUGGCAUCAUAUCUUUACACAUUAAAAUUAUGAGGUAUUACUUACUGGUGGCUUCACAAAGACACUGUUAUAAAAGCAUGGAUUACCUGGGGACAAACUGAGGUGAAAUUAAAAUAAACUGAUAUAUUUUUUUUGAUUCUUUGUUUGUUACUUGUUACUUUUGUGAAUGUCAAUAAACAGCCAACAGUCUGGUUAUGUGUUAAUGUUGCCCUUUAACUACAGGACUUGCACCUUACUGAUUGUUAAUGACUUCCUGGGAUCAACUUUGUAAGACGGGGCAUAGCAGAACAUUUCUGAGAACCACUUUGGUAUAUGGUAGUGAUAGUAUAACAUACUCUGGUGUCUCAAAUGUGGCAGCUUUGCGUAAAAGAUUAAAUAACUAAAACAUGGUCUUUGGUCUGCAUUGUAAAUUGAUUUGUUUUUUUAUUUGUCUUAAAAGUUAAAUAAACCUGCAUACAUAUACGUUUUUAAAAUGUUUUUCUCAUUCUUUUUUUCUUCUUUUUUUGCAACGAUAAGGUGAUUUCCAAAGAUCUGUUAGUUGAAAACUUGUCAUAUUUCAUCAUGGUGUGUAGUACAAUUACGUCCAUAAAUAUCUGGACAGAGGCACAGGUUUGUUUGUUUUUUAAUUUGGUUCUGUACAUUAACACAUAAUGAAUGUUAAAUAACACACCUCAGAUGCAUUGAAAUUGCAGACUUUCAGUUUUAAUUCAGUGGGUUGAACAGAAAAAUUGCAUAAAAUGUGAGGAACUAAAGCAUUUUAUUCCUUCAUUUCAGGGGCUAAAAAGUAAUUGGACAAAUUAAAUAACUGAAAAUGAAAUGUUCAUUACUAAUACUUGGUUGAAAACCCUUUGCUGGCAAUGACAGCUUGAAGCCUUUAACUCAUGGACAUCACAACCUGAGUUUCCAAUUUUUUUAAUGCCCUGCCAGGCCUUUACUGCAGCGGCUUUCAGGUGCUGUUUGUUUGUGGGCCUUUCUGUCCAAAGUUUUUUCUUCAACAAGGGAAGUGAAUGCUCAAUUCGGUUUAAGCACUUCUGUGCUUUAUUAAACUCCUGCUUGGCUGUUGCUUUGGCUGUAUGGCUCUUACCCUUCAGAAUUAAUUUGGUUGCUUGUCCUGUGUCACAUGGUCAAUAAACACUAGUGUCCUAGUGCCACUGGCAGCCUUACACUCCCAAGAUGUGGUAUGCUUUGGAUCAUGAGAAUGUUCCAUAUCUUCUCCAUACUUUUUCUUGCUGACACUGUGGUAGAGGUUGAUCUUGGCUAUGAUUUUCAAGAAGUGGGCUGGCUUUUUUUUUUUUUUUGUCCAAUCUAACCUUUCUGUUCUUGAGCCUUAUGAAUGACUUGGAUCUUGCAGUGAAACUUCUGUUUUUACUUUCAUGCAGUCUUCUCUUUAUGCUGGACUAUCAAUACGCCUACCUUGUAGAGAUUGUUCAUUUGGUUUCCCAUCCAAUUUCUUGGAUGGGUUUUUUCUCUGUUUUGGCUGCUUAAGGAUGGCUUGUUUUCACCUGCAUGAACAUAUGGCCUGUAUUUAUAUAUUUAUCUAUAGCACUGUUUAUGAUAGGCAACUGUAUCCUGACUGUCUUAUGGUGAUCCUGGGCUGUUCCGGCGACUCCUUGGCACUUCCCUUUGCUGUUCAACAGGCCUUCAUGUUUGGUAUGGUUAUUGGCAAACGUCUGAUUCUGGGGGAGUGGAAAUCUGCCUCCCCUCCCUGCUUCAAGAGGUGGCUCGAAGAGAUGGUCUCCUGUUUAUACCUGGAAGAAAUUCGGUUCUCUACGUCUGAUUCCAUGGAGAAGUUCAGGAAGAUAUGGGGGCCCUUUAUAGACCACAUUAAGAAGGACAGUCCACGCCCUGGGUCCUGACCACAUUGUUUUAACUGCUUUCAUUCUGAGCUGUUGCCCAUAACUGUUUUUGCAUGAUUGUUAUCAGCUCCUCCUAGCGAUCUUUGGAUUUGAUCUUGUGGAUUGGACUCACUAGAUUGUGAGUUGUUUGACAUGUAUACCAGUUGCUUUGUUUGCUUCUCUGCUGUUUUUAAUAAGUGCUGGCCUUGUACCCUGUUGUGUGGUUUGUUGCUCUGUUUUUUUUUUUUUUGUUUGUUUGUU